UUUCUCUGACACUAGCCAACACAUGCACCAGUUUUGCACCUUCUUGACACUUUCUUUCAAUCACUCUCUAACUAAUAAACAAAACAUUGUGCAUUUAUGAAGUGUGCCUCACACAGGUGAGUGGGCUUAACUACCUGUAGAAACACUCUUCUCUCUAUAAAACAAUCCUGACUCAGCACUUGUUGUGUGUAUUGCCUCUUCUUGUUGAAUCGCUGAAUGCCUCCUCAAUUGUAAGUCGCUUUGGACAAACAUGUCUGCUAAAUGUAGAUGCUUAAACCUAAAGUAAGAACUCUUAAAAGCCUAAAGGUGAACUCAUUGUCUAGUUAACAUGCUCCUGUCAGAUUAACCACUUCAUUUGCACUAAACGGUAUCUGAAUAUCUCUCUACUACUCUCAUAUAACUAUAUGAAACAAUAGGUUUAUAUCUGCAUUUAAUUGGAACCAGAACCGGUUUUAGACACUUCUCGUGUUUCUCGAUUUUAGUUGUUUAUGAAUGUCUGGCCUCUCGCCAGAUUAAGAUUCCUCAGAACCGCCACGCAUGCCAUCAUCCAAUUGGCUGCAGAAAUAUUCAUGCAAUUAAAAGGAUUUCCAGAGAAGUGUCUUUUGCCUCCUUUGGUGCUCCUUUAAAAGGAGUGCCAAAGCCAGCUCGCCUCAUAUGCACCUUAAAGAACAACUAAAUCAAGACAAAUCCACAAUCCUGCUGAAUCUAAUUGACCGCUCAAUUCUCGCUGCUUGAAAUGAAGACCGCUCUGAUUGUCGUCGCAAUUGUCUAUAUUCAGUGUGUGAGCAUAUUAACACAAAACCUACGGAAAAGGCGAUCCUGGGUUGUGGAUUCACUCUUCAUGGAAGAGGAGCUCAGUGGUCCUUUCCCAUAUAAAAUAGGAAAUUUGAAUAUUGAGAAGAGAGUGGUGGAAAAUAGUCUGAUCCGUGGACAAGGCAUUGACAAGGAUCCCAAAGGAAUUCUGUCUGUUAAGUCAGACGGUUCAGUUUAUGCACUUGGAAAAGUUGAUUAUGAGAAAUACAAGAAGCUAACAAUCACACUGACUAAAGAAAACACAACUGUUGCGGUGGAUUUCGUGGUCUUGGAUGUGAAUGACCACCCUCCCGUUUUUAAUAGGGAUGUGUAUGAGAUCUCAAAAGAUGAAUCAACACCACAAGGUGAGGUUUUGGUCACAGUGCAGGCGAAUGAUUAUGACCAGGCGGACAGCAGAAACUCUAGGUUUACUUUAAACAUCGUCUCAGUGUCUCCAUCCACCUCCAGUUUGCAGUUCUUCAUUGACCAGCCUGAAGGAGACUUCACUGGCAAGAUUUCGUUUAAAGGAUGUCUUCUUGACUAUGAGGAGGUGCAAAGAUACACUAUUCUUAUUGAAGCAAAGGAUCAUGGGGAGAAGGUGCAGCUGUCCAGCACGAGCACGGUGAUCCUGAACAUCAUCGACAAAAACAACCAUCUCCCAGAAAUCACUGCAAUGACUGAUUUUAUGGGAGUGAAAGCGCAGACGGCUGGAGAUGUAGUUUGUCGGCUGAAAGUGUCAGAUAAAGACAGCAGAGGAUCUCCAUCUUGGAGAGCUCAAUACUCUCUGCAGGGGGAGAAAGCAGAGCAUUUUAGCAUCCAGACUGACCCCGACACCAAUGACGGACUUAUAACACUCACUCAGCCGUUGAGUUUUGAGGUGGCGUCCAGUUUGAGUGUCAUUGUGAAGAAUGAGGAGCCCUUUUUCUACUGUCGGGUUAAAGGACGUCCCAAACAUGGACUCUGGCAUGUGGAUUACAGCAGAGGGAGAUCCAGCAGCUUCACAUCGGCCUCUCUUCCACUGCAAACUGUAGAUCGGGACGCCAGAAACUCAAGAAAACUAGAGUCUGUGAUGGAGACAGGCCCGAUGCUGGAGUCUAGUCAACACUACAUGUGUCUGUCUGAGAAAAUGGUCAAUAUUACAGCUGUAGAUGCAGACCGACAUGACCCAGCACUAAAAUUUCAGCUGAUGGGAGAUGCUGAGCGCCAAUGGAAGCUUCAGUAUAAUGGAGGUAAGAACCGAAUGUGA